GUUUAGGGGUCAGUGCUCUAAAAUGAGUCUCUCUGGGGAGAGAGAGGAGGUGGGCCCUGCCUCUAAAAUGAGUCUCUCUGGGGCGAGAGAGGAGGGGGGCCUUGCCUCUAAAAUGCAUCUCUCUGAGGGACAUGACACCAAAGCUAAGAGGAUCCAUUUUGAGACGACAGAGCAGAAAACACUACAUGGAGAUCAUUGAAAAAUAAAGGGUCAGUGCUCUAAAAUGAGUCUCUCCGGGAAGAGAGAGGAGGGGGGCCCUGCCUCUAAAAUGAAUCUCUCUGAGGGACAUGACACCAAAGCUAAGAGUCCAAUCCAGCAGAAGAGACCAGCCUCCCCUGUUCCCAGCUGUGUGUCCAUGAAGAGUAACCAGUCUAUGAUUCAACCUAUAGUGUUUAGAAAGGGAGACUUUUCUACUGAACAAAGGCACAAGGACAACGUAGCACGUCCUGUGAACACGUCAGGGUUCCAUAGCCGGAGGCAGACCAGCAGAAACUGGAUCAGCAGCACAACAAGACCAAACAAGCAGGAGAGACCAGCCUCCCCUGUUCCCAGCUGUGUGUCCAUGAAGAGUGACUGGUCUAUGAUUCAACCUAUAAACUUUAGAGAGGGAGACUUUUCUACUGAACAAAGAAACCAACAGGAGAGAUCAGAGUCAGAGAUUCUCAGUGGUCAGUCUUCCCAGAGUCAUCAAACAAACCUGGCCUCCAUAUUCAGUACGCUUGAAGAGAAAAUUAUGACAUUUGUGAAGAACGAGCUGAAGAUGUUCAAGAGGAUUCUUAGUCCAGAACUCCCAGGAGGCUUUGAGAGUCAGAAGCAGGAUAAGGAAGUGGUGGAUGCUGAUGAUGAGAAGCAGGAGAGCAGUGCUAGAGAGGGGGCUCUGAAGAUCACACUGCACAUCCUGAGGAAAAUGAACCAGAAGGAGCUUGCUGACACACUGGAGAAAUAUUCAGAUGAUCUUGCUGUGAUUUGCCAACGUGAACUCAAAUCUAAUCUAAAGAAGAAGUUUCAAUGUGUAUUUGAGGGGAUCGCUAAACAAGGAAACCCAACACUUCUCAAUAAGAUCUACACAGAGCUCUACAUCACAGAGGGUGGAACAGGAGAGGUCAAUAAUGAACAUGAGCUGAGACAGAUUGAGACAACAACCAGGAAACAAGCAAGACCAGAGACUGCAAUCAAAUGUAACGACAUCUUCAAACCCUUAACUGGACAAGACAAACUUAUCAGAACUGUGAUGACAAAGGGAGUCGCUGGCAUUGGAAAAACAGUCUCUGUGCAGAAGUUCAUUCUGGACUGGGCUGAAGGAAAAGCAAAUCAGGAUGUCCAAUUUGUAUUUUCAUUCCCUUUUCGGGAGCUGAAUUUGAUGAAAGAGGACAAACACACUUUCAUUGAACUUCUUAAUCACUUCUCAAUGGAAACCAAAGAAUCAAGAAUCUCCAUCUACAACAAGUACAAAGUUCUGUUCAUCUUUGAUGGUCUGGAUGAGUGUCGACUGCCCCUAGACUUCCAGAAGAACAAGAUCUGUUGGGACGUCACAGAGUCAACCUCAGUGGAUGUUCUGCUGACAAAUCUCAUCAAGGGAAAUCUGCUUCCCUCUGCUCUCCUCUGGAUAACUACCCGACCUGCAGCAGCCAAUAAGAUCCCCCCUGAGUGUGUUGACCAGGUGACAGAGGUACGAGGGUUCAAUGACCCGCAGAAGGAGGAAUACUUCAGGAAGAGAUUCAGUGAUGAGGACCUGUCCAGCAGAAUCAUCUCACACAUAAAGACAUCAAGGAGCCUCCACAUCAUGUGCCACAUUCCAGUCUUCUGUUGGAUUUCUGCAACAGUCCUUGAACACAUGCUGAAACAUAAGAGAGAAGAGAUGCCCAAGACUCUGACUGAGAUGUACACACACCUUGUGGUGUUUCAUACCAAACAGAAGAAUGAAAAGUAUCUUGGGAAAGAAGAGACAGGUCCACACUGGAAUAAAGAGAGCAUUCUGUCCCUGGGAAAACUGGCUUUUCAACAGCUUGUGAAUGGCAAUCUGAUUUUCUAUGAAGAAGACCUGAAAGAGGCUGGCAUUGAUGUCAAUGAAGCCUCAGUGUACUCAGGAUUGUGCACACAGCUCUUUAAAGAGGAACGUGGGCUGUACCAGGACAAGGUGUACUGCUUUGUUCAUCUGAGCAUUCAGGAGUUUCUGGCUGCUGUAUAUGUGUUCCUCUCAUUCAUCAACAACAAUGAGAAUCUAAUGGACAAACUGCAAACAAAAGACGAGCCUGAAGUUACUGUCUACAAGAGUGCUGUGGAUAAAGCCUUACAAAGUGAGACGGGAAACCUGGACCUUUUCCUCCGCUUCCUUCUGGGCCUCUCACUGGAGUCCAAUCAGAAGCACUUACGAGGUCUACUGACAAAGACAAGAAGCCGCUCACAGAGCCAAGAAGAAACAGUCAUUUACAUCAAGGAGAAGAUCGGGGAGGAUCUCUCUCCAGAGAGGAGCAUCAAUCUGUUCCACUGUCUGAAUGAACUGAAUGACCAUUCUCUAGUGGAGGAGAUCCAAAGCUUCCUGAGAUCAGGAAGUCUCUCAGAACCCAACCUGUCCCCUGCACAGUGGUCAGCUCUGGUCUUUGUGUUGCUGACUUCAGAACAGGAGCUGAAUGUGUUUGACCUGAAGAAAUACUCCAGAUCAGAGGAAGGUCUUCUGAGGCUGCUGCCAGUGGUCAAAGCCUCCAGAGCUGCUCUGCUGUCAGGCUGUGGAGUCACAGAGGAAGGCUGUGCUUCUCUGGUCUCAGCUCUCAGUUCAAACCCCUCACACCUGAGAGAGCUGGACCUGAGUAACAAUGACCUGAAGGAUUCAGGAGUGGAGCUGCUCUCUAAUGGACUGGGGAAUCCCCACUGUAAACUGGAGACUCUGAGACUCACUGUCUGUAAACUCACAGACACAUCCUGUGAAGUGUUGGCCUCAGUUCUCAGUUCAAACCCCUCACACCUGAGAGAGCUGGACCUGAGUAACAAUGACCUGAAGGAUUCAGGAGUGGAGCUGCUCUCUGCUGGACUGGAGAAUCCCCACUGUAAACUGGAGACUCUGAGACUGUCAGGCUGUCUAGUCACAGAGGAAGGCUGUGCUUCUCUGGUCUCAGCUCUGAGGUCAAACCCCUCACACCUGAGAGAGCUGGACCUGAGCUACAAUCACCCAGGAGACUCAGGAGUCAGACUGCUCUCUGCUGGACUGGAGGAUCCACACUGCAGACUGGAGAAACUCAAUGUGGAACAUGGUGGAGAGAACAGAAUGAAACCUGGACCUAGAAAAUAUGUCUGUGAUCUCACACUGGACCCAAACACAGUAGACAGACUCCUCUCUCUGUCUGAGGAGAACAGAAAGGUGACAUGUAGGAGAGAGAAUCAGCCGUAUCCUGAUCACCCAGAGAGAUUUGAGGGCUGUAGACAGGUGCUGUGUAGAGAGGGUCUGACUGGGUGCUGUUACUGGGAGGUAGAGUGGAGUGGGAGAGGGGCUGGUAUAGGAGUGACAUAUAAAGGAAUCAGCAGGGGAGGAGGGGGUGAGGACUGUUGUCUUGGAGACAAUGACAAGUCCUGGAGUCUGUUCUGCUAUGACAACAGUUACACUGCCUGGCACAAUAAUAAUCCCACUACCAUAGACGUCCGCUCCUCCAGCUCCCACAGAGUAGGAGUGUAUCUGGACUGGCCAGCCGGCACUCUGUCCUUCUAUAGAGCCUCCUCUGACACACUGACCCACCUGAUCACAUUCACCUCCACAUUCACUGAGCCCCUCUAUCCAGGGUUUUGGGUUGAUUACAACUCCUCAGUGUUUAGGCUUUGGUGGGAAGGCGACUCAGUGUCCCUCUGUCAGUGAUACACACACACACAAACACUGGACACACACACACACUGGACACAGACACACACACACACACACUUACACACACACACUGGACACACACA